UGUUUAUGGGCGGCAAUCUUAAUUGUGUGCGUCUCUUUUUUUUCUCACUGAUGGUUUAUGACUCCUCAUUCUUGUUGGCUGUUAAAGAUCGUGUAACGGAAAAGCUUAAGACACUUGGUGCAUUUAUUGAUGAUGAACUACCUGAUUACAUCAUGGUUAUGGUUGCAAAUCAGAAGAAUGAAAGUAGUAUGGCUAAGGACUUACAGCUAUUCUUAGGAGAACACACAAAAAAGUUCACUGAGUGGUUGCAUAAUAUGCUAGAGAAUAUGAAGAGCUCUGGUCGUGAUUCGAGUGACAGUCGCAAAGAAAGUGAAACCACACGGUCAUCACGACAAAAGUCUGGAAGACGUAAGACUGCAAGACCUCAUUCUCCUGACUCCCACGAUGACUCACCUUCAAAGUCAUUAAACCGCUCAAGAUCGAGAUCACCUUUAGAACGGGUUAAGCGUAGGAAAUAUUCGAGUAGUUCUCGUGAACCUCACGGAGAUUCAGAUGUUGUCAGUACAAAAGUUCCUGAUGACUUACGUAAAUCUGAGGACAAUAAUGGGUAUCACGUCAAAGAGGAACGCAAAGUUAUGUCGACAUCCUCACUCUCCAGAAAACCAAAUCAUGAAAAUGAGAAAGUCGCAUCACACCUUCCUGAUGAAAUCAGCCUUAAAUCGGUUGUUGAAGUGAAGAACUCAGACAGCCAUAAACAAACUAAAAAACGAUUGGAAUAUCCCCAGCCUUCAAGCUUGUUGCUAAAACGAGCUGUGAAUGAAGCUAAAGAAAGUACGCUGACAAGCGAAUCUAUCCCAACAAAACGCAAACCGAUCUCUCGACCAGUGGCGUGUUCUGAUGUAUCCUCAUCUUCACAGCCUGAUUCUACAAGAUUUUUCAUCACUCUUUCGGGUACUGAAUCUAAUCCAGUAGAAACAACUACUUCCGCUAAUCGACGUAACACUUCCAAACUUGGUCGUUUACAGAGGGUUGAGUAUUCAUCAUCAGGUGAUAUUGAUGCAUUGGACAAUAGAAAAAUACGACUUAGUUCACGUCUAGUCAAUUCUUCAUCUAUUCGUCGUGAUGGUAGAAUAAGCGCUAAACAACGUCUUGGUCCAGUUAUUCAACCACCUAGGCGUACUCGAAUAACCAGUAUCUCUCGAAAUGAAGAAAAAAUUAUUUAUAAUUCCGGCAAUGAUAUCGAUGAUUACCUUGAUGGGGAUUAUGUUGAACUUGCCUGUGAUGAUGUUGAUGAUAAUGCAUUUGUAGAUGAUAUAGUCGAUGAAAGAAAUUUUAUAUCUCAUCAUAAAAUGACUCUAAGUGAGAGAUUAAGUCAAAAAAACCCACCCUUGGUAGUUAAUUUAAAUGAAACAGACGAAGAUGAAGAUAUUGCCAAUCAUCAUGUCAGUGAGAAAGGACGACCUAAAAAGAUUGUUUUAGAGAAAUGUAAAGAAAAAACUCAGAAUGCAACAGAUUCAACUACAGAAGCUGGAGAUCAACCAAACAUCCCAAGCUCUUUAGAACGUUGUAAAUUUUGGCCUAAUUGUCGAAAUGGAACUUCUUGUCAGUAUAUUCAUCCUUCAGAACCAUGUCAAUUAUUCCCACGGUGUAAAUUUGGAGCAACAUGUACCUUUAUUCAUCCACCAUGUCGUUAUGGUGCAGCGUGUGCACGUCCUGACUGUCCGUUCACACAUUCAGCGAAACGAGUUCUGCGUAAGUGUAUCACAAAUAUUUAUCAAAUAUUCUAUUUUAUAUCCACUCCGAAAGAUAUUUGUUUAGCGACAUAUUGA